AUGAGCGUGAUAAAGACUGGGCAAGUUCAACUUCCAAGGAAUUACAGUGGAGAUUUUCCAAAAAUACUUGAGAACAUAGAGUCACUUGCUAGAGUUUUUUUAAUAAUUACUCGUGGUUCCUUGAAGACUUCGAUAUUUCAAAGCAAAAUGCCUAAGAAGAAAACUGGACAAAGGAAGAAAGCAGAAAAAGCCAAAGUAAGACAGAAAUUACUUCGGAAACAAAGACUAGAAAUCGAUCUUAUCAAUCAUCCCUCUAACAUAUUAAUGGAAUGUGGUCAGUGUGGUAAGCGCCAGAAGAACAGGGCGUUUUGCUACUUUUGCAAGGCUGUGCAAAGACUUCCAGUAUGUUGUCAUUGUGGCAAACAAAAGUGUUCUGGUCGUUCAGGAGAUUGCCUUGUGAAACAUGGUUCUACACAUGCUACUGGACUAGCUAUGGUAGGGGCAAUUUGUGAUUUCUGUGAUGCUUGGAUAUGUCAUGGAGAGAAGUGUUUAUCUGUUCAUGCUUGUGAAUGUCCGUUAAGAGAUUCCGUGUGCAUUGAAUGUGAACGUGGACUUGAUAGUCAUGGUGGUCGAGUAUUUUCUUGUGCUUAUUGCAAUCAUAAACUUUGUGAAGAUGAUCAGUUUGAGCAUCAGGCCAGUUGUCAAUGCUUGGAGGGAGAGAGCUUCAAAUGUCCGUCGUGCAACAAAACUGGGACACAGACAUGCCUUCGUUGCAAAGUGACUUACUGCGAUGAUCACUGCAAAAGAAAAGGUGUUAAGUAUGAACGCGGAAAACCCAUUCCUUGUCCAAAAUGUAGCCAUGACCUAACAGCCAGUUACAAUUUGAGUAUGUCAGUUCGCACUUACGAGUAUGGUCGGCAAGCGUAUACAGACAACUAUUCAUCAGACGAAGAUGAUACUAGUGGAGACGAAGAACAAUACUCGGAAACCUCAGAAGACAGUGAAUAUGCUGAUAAUAAUGAUUUUAAUUUGGCAAAAAAAUUAGUGAUUGAAAAUAAUUAA